GUCUCCGCCUGUCUCUUGCGCGCAGAGUCUCGUUGCGUGUACCUCCGCGAGCAAGUAUACGUACCAUUAUCAUAAUCGAAAUCAGCCCCUCGCCAUCCGGAAAAAAUCAGGACAGCCCGAGUGUCUCAUCUCCCUUCCCCCUCCUCCUGCCCCGAAAAAAGUCCUCGAAGCGUGAAAAAAAAGAGCGUACAAGUUUAAAGUGUCGUCGCCGCGGUCAAUAAUGAGCUGUGCUGCUGCUGCACGUUGCCUGGCGACGAGGCUGUCGGCGCGAUAAUCCAGGAAGGGUAGCGAGAGAUGACUCGUCGGCCAGUUCCUGGUUCACUCUCGCGCGGAGCUGAGCUCCUUCUCGCCUCCCAAGAUCGUCAUGAAGCGAAGGUUCGGUAACAAGUCGAUGGAUCACUCCGGUGAAGAUUCGGCCGUGGAAGAGAAGAUGGAGAAGAAGAAAACGGAGGAAGAGGCGAAGGUGAAGCUGUUGCCGAGGAAGGCGAGGGAGACGUUCGAACAGCUGUGCGGCUUCGCGUGCGACGACCUCCGCAGCUUCGGCAGACUCACCGCCGCUAUGUAUCGGCCUACCGAUCCUGCCUGUCUCGGAGUCUGUCGCGCACUUUUCGGACUGUGCAUGGUACUGGACGUGGUCGAAGAGCGCGGCCUUGCCAUCAUCGAUCUGAAAUGGGGCGAUCCUAACGGCUGUCACUUCCCUCUGAUUCACGGGCUCCGACCUCUGGAACUUCCCUGGAUGAUCGUCCUCUACAGCGUGAUGUGGCUUGGCGCUUUCGGCAUUAUGCUCGGCUACCGAUUCAAGCUCGCCUGCGGCCUAUUUGUCUUGCCCUACUGGUACCUCUUCCUCGUCGACAAGAGCUACUGGAACAAUCACAGCUAUCUCUACGGAGUCGUCUCGCUGCUGUUCUGGGGCACCGGUGCUGACAGAUACUUCGCAAUAGACGCGAAGAAGAGCAAGGAGAAGAGCGUGCCGUACUGGAACUACUUCAUCCUGAAGUUUCAAUUCUUCGCCCUGUACUUUAUAGCCGGAUUGAAAAAGUCGAGCAGGGAGUGGCUCGAGGGUUACGCCAUGACAAAUCUCUCGAGACACUGGGUCUUCGAGCCUUUCAAAUUGGUUCUGUCGAGCGAGCAGACCGACUUCUACAUCGUUCACUGGUUCGGCUUCAUCUUCGACCUGACCGUCGGCUUCUUCAUGAUCUUCGACGCUACGCGACUAGCCGCGAUGUUCUUCUGCACAGCUUUCCACCUCAUGAACUCGCGACUCUUCAGCAUAGGGAUGUUCCCUUACGUGUGCCUGGCCACAAUGCCGCUCUUUUGUCGCGUCGACUGGCCCCGGAAGCUGCUCGAGGCUCGCACGCAUAGCCGGGAGAAACUCGACGACGGCGAGUGCAGCAGUCGGAAGAGCCGAGAUUAUUUCGCGAAAGACAAUGAAGCCGAGUCGGACGUUGCCGAACGGGAUGAGGGAAGCGUCGGGAGGAGGAGUGGCAAGAGGCGCGUCGGAGUCUCGAGGAAGCAGAAACUCGUGGUGGCGACGCUGCUGCUGCACGUCGGCUUGCAGUUCUUUCUGCCGUACUCGCACUUCGUCACCAAGGGCUACAACAACUGGGUGCCCGGCCUGUACGGCUACUCCUGGGACAUGAUGGUCCACGCGUGGGACACCGUGCUGGUCGUGGUCAAAGUGCGAGACAACGAGAGCGAGAGGGAUUACUUCCUGGAUCCGGGGGCCUGGGUGCCCAACGACAGAUGGGCCAAACACGGCGACAUGGCGCGACAGUACGCCCACUGCAUCAAGGACAACUUGCAGAAGCUGAAAGGCCGAGCAUCGAGGACGACGGAGCCGUGGGCGCAGCUGUCCUCGAAUCUCAGCAUCUACAUGGACGUCUGGUGCUCGCUGAACGGCCGCUUCCAGCAGAGGCUCUUCGACCCCAACGCCGACAUGCUCAAAGUCGACUGGCAUCCCCUGAAGCCCGUCUCCUACGUCAUGCCGCUACUCCGGCAGUUCAGCUCUUAUCGCUCGGAACUGGAAAGAAUCCAGCAGGAUGUGUUCUCCUGGUCGAAUUACACGGACGUCCUCUUCGUGGCUGACUAUCCGGGCAUGCGCCUUGAGAAUUACGUCGACUUGGAACUAGCGAACGUCUCUCUGAGCGUGCUCGAGGGCGAGGUCAGCUACCGCGAUGAGGAGGAAGCCAGCGCUCGGACAAUAGGGAAAGGCGGCACCGCGAGGAUAGAGACCGGAAGAUUCCACAAAGUCGAAACCACCAGUCCGCAUCCGGCCUGCUACAUGUACACCUUCGCCAAUCGGACAAAGCAGCAGCUGGCAUCGCGAGGGAUAAGCGAGCCGACGAGAGUGAAGGAGGCGUUCCCGCUGCUGAAGGAGAUCGGUUAUAAGGUCGACGCGUUCGGCCGCGCACUGGGCCAUGUAGCCAACGCGCUGCUGCACUUGACUCUGGGAGUACCGAUGAUACGCAGAAUUCCGCUCGAUUGAUCGGCUCUCGAGAUCUGAUAGCUCACAGUCUGUUCUAUCGUAAAAAUGGAUUACAUGCGCUGCGUGCAUACUGCUCUCGGUAAAUCGCGUGCGCGGCUUUAUCGCAGUUGGCGUAAUGCCUUACGUAAAAUAUAUGUGACGAUAAUGCUAUUCGAUGUGCAUCGGUAUAUUCUAUUGUGCAACCGUCCAGCUAUAUGUACAUUUUAUUCCAAUAAAUCCUGCUUUUUACGAAGGUA